AUGAAUUUCCUCGCAAAUGACCUGGAACACACACUUGAAGAUGAUUACCGCAUGGCCCUCACAACCGCGCAUCUUGAGAAAGAAUUUUAUCAUGUUCACGCGCACACAGUACAAGUUCUUGAGACCGAACGUGCCCGAGUGCAGCGCAUGGAGCAAUUACUUCUUCGUAUUGAGAACGAAAAUUUGCAAUUGCAAUUAAACCAGGCAGGUCUGGACCUGAACCAGGCCAAAGAGGCAGAGUCCGGCAUCCGUCUUGAGCUCGACCGCGCCAUCAGGGAACUUGAUCUUCUACAACAUGUCGCCCAUGCGUCGUCCCGCGAGAUAGAUAACCUCCGUCAUGAACUUGCCUCGCUGAGCGCAAUUGCUUCUGAUACCCAGAAACUACAAGCAGAAAAAGUUCGCUUAACUAAAGAAGUAUCGAGCAUACGGUCCGAAGUCGACGAACUCAGGUCUCAAAACACUUCGGCCAACGCACUCCUUGCAGAGAAUCAAGCAAUUACCCGGCAGCUAAACGCAACCAAAAUUCAGCUGGAGAAUGAGAAACGCGCGCAUGAACGUACACUUGCCAAACAAGCUCAACAAAAAGAGGACGUCGGAGCACUGACCACGAAGCUCGAAGUAGCACGUCAGGAAUUGGAACUGGCGCGUCGCCACGGCCAUCACAAUACACGGCAGAAAAACAGCACCCCACCAGUUUCCGGCGAAAAUAGAGGUGCCGAUAAGAACGCAGUAGUCUUGAAAGACCGUCAUCUAGAAGAUACACCAGUGCAACAGCAAGAAGAGUGGGGCACUACAACAACUAUCAAGGUCCCUACUGAGCGAGCCGCUGAAUCUUACCCUCGAAAUUUUACAACUCGCUUACACCCUGAGUUGACGAUCGCUACGCCUGGGGCUGUUUGUGCGCAAACUCAGCAGAAGCCAUUUUCUACACUCCCUGGCGAUAAAUCAUCAUUCUCAAUAACCCCUUUCCUAAACCGCACAACCGAACUUGAUGAUUCGUCAAUGAGCUCGGAUGAUGAAUUAAACGAAGCUAGUAAUACUGGGAAAGAUGGACACGGCGCUAAUACGAUCACGUCUCCAAAGCAGUUGAAGUCGCCUAUCCCAAAACAGCCCAGCAAGCUGGCAAAACAGGCGCCGGCAAAGGCUGCCGUGAAAGAUGAUACAAGGAACGGGCAGAAACAGAUGAUUCCUGAUAGUCCUGAUGUGGACCGUAGCAACCAGUCUUCAUUAUCUCGGCCCGUCGGACAGAAACAGGCACCAUCUAAAAAACGCAAGCUAGGAUUACAGCGCGAUAGAAACUUGUUUGAUGAGGACGAGGAUGACAACACUUCGCAGGAAAUCAGAAAGCCGGGACGAAAGCUUGUCGGUAGAACUGUUCACCUCCGACUGCCUGUGAAUAUAGCGCAUAGCCCAAACUUCUGGUAG